ACCCGCGUCCCACCGACCCGCCUCCGACCCGCGACCCUCCGACCCGCGUCCCUCCGACCCGCGACCCUCCGACCCGCGACCGGCGGCUCGAUGGGGGAAGAGGAGGAGACGAAGUUCUUCAGGCUCGAGGAGAUCGAGGCGCAGAACUCGUUCAAAUCGACCUGGAUCAUCAUCGACCACAAAGUCUACGAUGUCACCAGGUUCCUGGAAGAGCACCCGGGAGGAGAGGAGGUGCUGAGGGAGCAGGCCGGAGGAAACGCCACCGAGAGCUUCGAGGACGUCGGACACUCCAGUGACGCCAGAGAGAUGGCCCUCGGCAUGGUGAUCGGAGAGCUGCACCCGGACGACAGAGACAAGAUCGCUGAACCUGUGGAAACACCAGUGACAAUUGUGAAGGAGGAGACCAGCUGGUGGACCAACUGGUUGAUUCCCAGUCUGAUGGCGGCCAUCGUCACACUGAUGUACCGCAUCUACACUGCGGAGAGCGAGUGACGUCAUCAGACUUGCAGCAGUGAUGUCAUCAACACACACCGCAGCCACAUCCCCAGUCCUGUGAUAGACAGCUGCUCCAGCCAAUAGCAGAGAGGACGGAGGCUGUGGCUCCUUCCAGCUGUGCGGACCAACCACCACCUUAGAGGAAUCGUUGGCUUCUGUCCUACAUUACCCACAGUUCAUUCUCACGCUGUUUAACCAACCAAUCAGAUGGCAUUAUGUAAAUGAAGUUGUUGAAUUCACUGUGACAUUUUUUAAUAUGGAUGUUUUCAUAAAUAUCUUGUAGAAAUGAAGAUGUAUAUGUAGUUGUAACUUUUUAAAUCUUUGUCGCUGAAUGUAAACCAGUUUGUAAUUAUGCAGUCGGAGCAUCGUGACAUCAAGUGACCCUGAGGUCAAGUGACCCUGAGGUCAAGUGACCCUGAGGUCAUGACAUCACGUGACACUGAGGUCAUGUGACCUGAGUGAAGUUUGAUUCCCCGGAAUCGUAAUAACAUUUCAUAUUCUCCGUCCUCCUGUCGUCACGUCGCUGCUCUUCAGAUUCACGUUAACGUUUUGGCUCCACUUCCUGUGACUCUGCAGUAAAACAUGUUUGUUCCAAA